UAAAUUUCAAACAUAAUUUAUUUUCUAACAUUCUUGCAAAUCUUGAGAUCAACUCCAUGAUCAUCACUUUUUUUUAAACUAUCUCAAAAUGCAACAUUACAACUCAACAAUAAUGGACUCCGGCAAAGAGCUGCCGCCACCACCACCACCACCGUUGCUAUCGACCGAUCUAUCUCCGGCCAACUUCUUCAUGCAACAACCUAAUGAUCAAAUGCCCAUGCAAAAUAAUUAUCACUCACACGUUGGACUUGAUUGUGAUAAUAUUGAUUGGGCCGGGCUUUUAUCGGCGGGCCCUUCGAUUAAUAAUGAGUCGAUUGCAACUACGUCAAAUGUAUCGAUAAAUCAUAGGAAUAUGAAUACAAAUAUGAUGGAAGGUGGUGAACAACAUCAACAACAAUUAUUACCACAACAACAACAACAUGAAGUAUGUAGAAGAGAUAAAGGGAGAAUAAUAAAGAAGAGAAAAUAUGUACCACCUAGGAUUGCAUUUCAUACAAGGAGUACUGAGGAUAUUCUUGAUGAUGGAUUUAAGUGGAGAAAAUAUGGUCAAAAAGCUGUCAAAAAUAGUACACAUCCAAGGAGUUACUAUCGAUGUACACAUCACACAUGCAAUGUGAAAAAACAAAUUCAAAGACAUUCAAAGGAUACAAGUAUUGUGGUGACAACUUAUGAAGGCAUUCACAAUCACCCUUGUGAGAAACUAAUGGAGACCUUAAGUCCAAUUCUAAAGCAACUUCAGUUUCUCUCUAGGUUCUAAAUAAUGUGUACUUAUGGUAAAUGAGAUAUUAUCUACAAUGUCUCAAACUAAAAAAAUAACGAAACAUAUGGUGGUGUUUAUUAUACGUAGCAAGUCAAAAUGUACAACUCUGUAUAGAAAUGUAAAUUAAGAUAUCAUAGAUAUGGUCGAGAACAAUCGGUCAAAUACUAUAAUGUUAUCAUGUUAUGUAUU